AUGAUAAAUUUGAUUCGUCCUUUCAUUUGCAUUUUGGUCUGCUCAGCAGUAGCAUUUUCCAGUGAGUCGUGCCAACUGGAUCCGACAGCAGUGACUAUGGGUACGACCCCGUACUCCACUUCAACCACGACGGUUACAACAGAUGGUCAAACACAGGUAGAAAUUAGAGAAUUUUACAAAUCUGUCACUUACGUUAGCAAAUGCGAUGAUUCAGUCACUACUUCUAAAGUGGGUACAACUACGAUCCCUGUGUUUAAGUGA